GGGGAGGUGGCCGCAGCUCCCUGGCGGGCGCGUGGUAAACGGAGGGGCCGAAAGCUUCCGGCCGCCUUGCAGCGAGCAUCAUGCGGGAGGGCUCGCCGAGCUGGCCCGCGGCAGCAGCUGCUAGGCCUGCAGCAGGACACGCCUUGGGCGCUAUGGACUUGGUGGCAGGGAUGGAAGUCGGGGCCGAAAUCGAAGUGACCGAAGACGGGACCCUGGAGGAAUUGCCUCUGCAUUUGGAAAACGCCAAGAACUGCCUCUCCUGGGAAUCCCUGGACAUCUCGAGCAGCGAUGACGACGGGGAGGCAUACUUGACCUUCUGCCUGCCAGUGAGGCGCCCUCCCCGGCCCACGCCACGGCUCCCAGCUCAGCAGCCACCAACCUCUCCCUCUGCCAUUCGCUCACUGGCUUGCGAGAAACGGGUCCCGCCCUUGUACCCCUGUCCGGUGCGCCCGGCUGCCCCUCCUUCUCCUGGGAUCCCGGCCUUCGAGGCCUACCAAUGCCAAAAGUGCCUCCAGGUGUUUAUGGAAGAAUGGCACUACUCCCAGCACCUGCAAGACCACGCUCAUGAAGAAGCCCAGCAGCAAGCCGCGCUGCAGACGCACGCCCAGCCCCACUCCCCGCCUCGGAAGCUGCGCUGCCUGGAGUGCGGCAAGCGGUUUCUGCACCCCCAGCAUUUCGCGCGGCACACCAAGUGGCACCUGAAGCUGGUGCGCAAGGGCAUCAAGAUCUGCCGCAAGAAGGGCAGCCGGCGCUCGUCCCAGGUUUCCUACGUUUACAAGCCCCUUGGCACCAUUGCCGGCAACCAGCCGGAGGCAAGAGACGGCUCCAGCCUUCCAGUUGCCCAGGAUAAUUCAAGGCAAGCGAAGAAUCUUCACGCGCCCAAGCCCCAGAGGGCCGGUAAGCGGAAGGGCGCCCGGCACCCGAAAAGCACGCCCUCGGAGGUCUCUCGAGACGAGGAGCUGCUGAUCCCCGCCUAUCCGGAAAAUUCCAUUACCAUCCUGGACGGCGAGGUUGGCGUCAGCAUUCUCCACCCGUGGCAGAAGAAGCAGGAGGCCGUCUUGGGAGGUGAGGUGGUGGGAGGGCUCUUCCAGCCGACCGUCAUCGAUGCCGAAAACCAGAUAAUCAUCUUGGACGAGGAGGCGGCCGAGGCCAGGCCCGGUGGGCCAGAACAGCACUACGCCGAAGUGCAGGCCGCCCUAUUGGACAGCCAGGAGAGCGCCAUGAGGCCUGUCUUCUUCAGAGCGGAGGAGCAGGCCCCCGUGUUGGACACUCAGGUUAACGUGGGCUCUCUUCAGCUGGGAGGGGGCAAGGAGCCAGCAGCCGUCACGUCCGGGUGGGUAGGCCAGAACCCGUGCACCCUGUUCAGGACCGUGGUCCUGCAAGCGGACGAGCCGGCGGCCAUCUUGGACGGCCAGGCGGAGCCCAACCCCCUCCAGCAAGUGAUCAUCAAGACGUCGGAGGUCUCGCCCACUCUGCUCGUGGACACAGAAUCUCACUUCUCCUCUCUGGACUCGGCAACUCUUCAGUUUGUCCCUGUGCAUUCUGAGCCUCAGUUCAUCACCGUUCCCUACGGCAGCUCACUGACCGUGGAUCAUACGGCUGCGGCAGAGGAAGAGGACAAGGCUUGGGAGUCCCAGACCACGGCUUUCCAGUUCCCGGGUUACCUGCCAAACAUAUACCAGCAAAAUAAGCAGCCGUCUCCUACCGCAACCUCUUGUCCUUCGCCCAAAGGUUCCUUGGUGGUUCGUUUGGUUCCCUGUGCCUCCGGGGAGCACCCGGAGGUCUUAGACCUGGAGUAUGACACCGGAGGGGGCAUUCCGGUGGCCUCUGAACCGUGGGAGGCCAGCAUCGGGACCGGGCAGGAGACCUACACUACUGAGGAGGCAGUAGAGGAUAAUUUCAUCAUUGUGGAGGUGGAGGCUGAUGCAUGCGAACAAGGCCUGGCCGUGGAUCGCACCCGCGACAGCCCCCAAGGGCAACCCCUCCGCAGGAUUAUGGGACCCGCCAACCAGAACCACGUCUGGCGCUUCAAGUGCCCGGACUGCGGCGUGCGCUACAGCCGGAUGUCGCAGCUCCGCUCCCACCAGAAGGGGCCGAAGCGCCGAGGGCGAAGCUAUCUGUGUGAAUGCGGUGCUUCCUUCCGGGGCCUGCUUCAUCUCCUGAGGCAUCAGCUCCUGCACCUGGAGGAAGCCCUUUUUAUCUGCGCCACCUGCGGGAAGUCCCUCAAAGGACACAAAGGCCUAGCCCGGCAUGGCACCUGCCAUCCCGGGCCGGCCCGUUUUGGCUGCCCUUGUGGCAUCAGCUUCCAGCGCUUGUCCCGUUACCUCUGGCACCAUGUGAAGAGCCAGCGCCCUGGCCUGAGGGUUUACACCCUUUCGGGCUUCCUCUCCUCAGGCUGAGCUGCGGGAGACUGAUAGGAGGAGGGAGAAUAUGGAGCGUCUCCCUUGGAAAUCAGAGGGGAGAAUGUGAAGCUUCUCACUUAAAAGUCUGAGGGGAGAAUAUGGAGCUUCUCCUUUGGGAUUCUGAGGGGAGAGUGUGAAGUUUCUCAUUUGAAAGUCUGAGAGGGAGAAUACGGAGCUUCUCCCUUGGAAGUCUGAGGGGAGAAUGUGGAGUUUCUCACUUAGAAGUCUGAGGGGGGGCGAAUAUGGAGCUUCUUUGGGAUUCUGAGGGGAGAAUGAAGUUUCUCAUUUGAAAGUCUGAAGGGGAGAAUAUGGAGCUUCUCCCUUGGAAGUCUGAGGGGGAGAAUGUGGAGCCUCUCCCUUGGAAGUCUGAGGGGAGAAUGUGGAGUUUCUCACUUGGAAGUCUGAGGGGAGAAUGUGGAGCCUCUCCCUUGGAAGUCUGAGGGGAGAAUGUGGAGUUUCUCACUUGGAAGUCUGGGGGGCGGAAUAUGGAGCCUCUCCCUUGGAAGUCUGAAGGGAGAAUGUGGAGUUUCUCACUUAGAAGUCUGAGGGGGGUGAAUAUGGAGCUUCUCAUAUGGAAGUCUGAGGGGAGAACAUGGAGCUUUGCAGUCCAAGGUCUGGUUCAGAGAGGGAGAUAACUCUAGGGUGAUGCCUUUUAUUUUUCCUUUGAAGGAACAUUCGGCGAAAAUGGUUUACUAGUUUUGGAUGCUAAACCGAUUUCUCUUGGGAUGUAUGUUUUCAGUUCUUUUGUUAUUUUGGGCAGUGUAAUUAUGCUGGAUGGUAAUUAAACAACAGAGAUUCAGAG